AUGUCAGCAACACUGCAGGGCCAGUGGCUCUCCUCCAGUGCACCCAUUAGCUCAGCCAAGACCAGGGCUACCCAUUCCUCCAUCGAGGGCCUCUCCUCUUCCCCCAUCCAUCACCAGGGCCCUGCAAUCUUGCUUGUCGAUGCCCAGCUCUCGCUUGAUGUCUCAGUUCCGGAACAGAGAUGCUCCAGCUGCUACCUGGGAAGGCUCUGGCCCCAAAAAUAUUUAGUUAGCAGCCAUUCAGUUAAGUGGAAUUGA